AUGCUCCGGAUGUAUAGUGAGAAGUUACAGUCUCAGAUGCAUGGGAAAAGGUACUCUAGUGACAUGAGUUCGAGACAGAUUGAUUUCCGGAAGAUUAGCAGAUGUAGACGGCGGAUUUAUGAACCGAUAUUCCCUUGUUAG